CACGCUCAUAAUCAUGUGACAGUAAAUACCUUAUGUAACUAUUGUUCGUUUCCGAGUACUAUCAAGUGUACAAUCAUUGUCAUGAGCAGUAAACCAUACCGGAAGCUUGGAACUGAUUAUUCGCCUAAAUCCUGCGGUUCAUGUUGCAAGAAUAUACCUUUGUGUUGUAAAAUAACGAUGGUUGUCUUAACAGUUGUAGUUUUAGCCGGCCUAGGACUUUUUGUUGGAUUCGCUGCCACAAAUCCAUUACAUGCUUCAUGCAGAGUAAAUUGGAUAUUCCCCUCCAUGACGUGUAAUAAUGUAAAAACAAAGCUGAGAAACCAAAUAUCACUAUGGAAUGGGCCGGACAAUUGUAAGAACGGAGGCGAAAAAUGUCUAUACAAACUCGUUAGUGAAUCCACCAACACCUUAAAAGCCACACACGAAACUCCUAGCAAACAUUAUAAAGAUGAUCUGACUUUUACUUUUAGUGAUGCAGGGAUGAAUUGCAAAACUGAGGGUUACUCUACAUCAGAAACUUGGUAUGCAGUAUUGGACUCUGGAACAAACUAUUGUAAUCUACACAACUUAAUCACAGGUUCUGGAUUAAGUAACACCACAGGUUAUACAGAAUCGACCAGUAAUUCACAAUGUACCCAGUACUCCAGUGCUGAUUGUAUGAAAUACUGAACUUAGAGAAACAUAUGAACUCAGGAUUAAUAUAUAUGAUUAAAUUUCAUUGCUCAAUAAUUAAACAUUUUUCCAAAAGAAUUUAAUCGUUACAACCUGUACAUAUUUUUUUUUUAUACUUUUUAUACGACCGCAAAAAAAUUUUGUGGUCGUAUAUUGGUAUGACGUUGGCGUCGUCGUCGUCGUCGUCGUCGUCGUCGUCCGGCGUCGUCGUCCGAAUACAUAUUGGUUUUCGCACUCUAACUUUAGUUUAAAUGAAUGGAUCUUUUUGAAAUUUGACCAUAAGGUUAAAUACCACAAAAGGAAGGUUGGGAUUGAUUUUGGGGGUUAUGGUACCAACAGUUAAGGAAUUAGGGGCCAAAAAGGGGCCAAAAAUGAGCAUUUUCUAGUUUCCAGACAAUAACUGUGGAACGGUGUAUGGAUCUCUCUGAAAUUAUACUACAAGUUUCCAUACCACAAAGGGAUGGUUAGGAUUUGCUUUGGGGGGUUAUGGCUCAAACCGUUUAGGAAUUAGGGGCAAAAAAGGGGGAAAAACAAGGUUGUCCUGGUUAAUGGACAAAUACUUUAGUUCAAAACAUAAUUUAAAGCAGUGUAAGGGAGAUAAAUCAAAUACAUCAUUGAAAUUAUCUCCCUUACACUGCUUUUAAAUUAUGUAUAAAGUAAUGGUUAAUGAACAAUAAAGAUAAUCUAAAACAGUGUAAGGGAGGUAAUCCAAAUACAACGUUUUGGUUACUUCCCUUACACUGCUUUUAAAUUAUGUUUAAAGAAAUGCAUAUUUAUAAAGGAAGACCAGUAAAAAUAUCUGCAAAUGUUUUCAUCUUUUUUUUUUACAAAAAAAUCCAUAUGAAAGAUUUGACACUAUAUUUUUAUUAAUUCUAUUAUAAAAUAGAUUAAGUUAGCACUAUGGUAAAUUUAAAUGGGUAAUUAUGGUUGCCAACUCCAUUGGAAAUUUGAAUUGAGAUUAUGACCAUAUCUUGAGGGAAAGAAUUUUUUGGGGGGAAAAAGGGGGGGGGGGGGGGAUAAAAAGAAAUUGUGGGGGGCCAAUUUUUUCUCAUUUCAGAUUUCAGAAAUUAAAAAGAAUUAUUCUUCAAAUAUUUUUUUUUUUUCAAAUUUCAAAUAUUGAAAAAUUUCAAGAAGUAAUCUUUAAUUGCACAGUAUGGCGCAUUAGAUUUGUAAAAUCUUUGAUCACAUUUAUUUAUUUGUUAUGCCGAAUCUAACAGUGUAUUUAGAUUUUUAAUUUUGGGUCCAGUUUUCAAAUUGCAUUAAUGUCCAAAGGGUCCAAAAUUAAACUUUGUUUGAUUUUAGCAAAAAUUGAAUAUAUGAGGUUCUUUGAUAUGCUGAAUCUAAACAUGUAUUUAGAUUUUUUAUUUUUGGCCCAGUUUUCAAGUUGGUCCAAAUUGGGGUCCAAAAUUAAACUUUGUUUGAUUUCAACAAAAAUUGAAUAUAUGGGGUUCUUUGAUAUGCUGAAUCUAACCAUGUAUUUAGAUUUUUUAUUUGUGGACCCCGUUAUCUAAUUGGUUCAUAUUGAGGUCAAAAGGGUCCAAAAUUAAACUUUGUUUGAUUUCAUCUAAAAUUGAAUUAUUGGGGUUCUUUGAUAUUCCAAAUCUAACCGUGUAUUUAGGUUUUUAAUUUUGGGUCCUGUUUUUUAAAUUGGUCUACAUUGAGGUCCAAAGGGUCCAAAAUUAAACUUAGUUUGAUUUUAACAAAAAUUGAAUUCUUGGGGUUCUUUGAUUUGCUGAAUCUAAACAUGUGUUUAGAUUUUUGAUUAUGGGCCCAGUUUUCAAGUUGGUCCAAGAUAGGGUCCAGUAUUUAAACUUUGUUUGAUUUCAACAAAAAUUGAAUAUAUGGGGUUCUUUGAUAUGCUGAAUCUAAACAUGUGUUUAGAUUUUUGAUUAUGGGCCCAGUUUUCAAGUUGGUCCAAAUUGGGGUCCAAAAUUAAACUUUGUUUGAUUUCAACAAAAAUUGAAUAUAUGAGGUUCUUUGAUAUGCUGAAUCUAACCAUGUAUUUAGAUUUUUUAUUUGUAGGCCCCGCUAUCAAAUUGGUUCAUAUUGAGGUCAAAAGGGUCCAAAAUUAAACUUUGUUUGAUUUCAUCGAAAAUUGAAUUAUUGGGGUUCUUUGAUAUGCCAAAUCUAACCGUGUUUUUAGAUUUUUAAUUUGGGUCCCGUUUUUUAAAUUGGUCUUCAUUGAGGUCCAAAGGGUCCAAAAUUAGACUUAGUUUGAUUUUAACAAAAAUUGAAUUCUUGGGGUUCUUUGAUAUGCUGAAUCUAAACAUGUGUUUAGAUUUUUGAUUAUGGGCCCUGUUUUCAAGUUGGUCAAAGUUGGGGUCCAAAAUUAAACUUUUUUUGAUUUCAACAAAAAUUGAAUAUAUGGGGUUCUUUGAUAUGCUGAAUCUAACCAUGAAUUUAGAUUUUUUAUUUGUGGGCCCCGCUAUCAAAUUGGUUCAUAUUGAGGUCAAAAGGGUCCAAAAUUAAACUUUGUUUGAUUUCAUCAAAAAUUGAAUUAUUGGGGUUCUUUGAUAUUACAAAUCUAACCGUGUAUUUAGAUUUUUAAUUUUAAGUCCCGUUUUUUAAAUUGGUCUACAUUAAGGUCCAAAGGGUCCAAAAUUAAACUUAGUUUGAUUUUAGCAAAAAUUGAAUUCUUGGGGUUCUUUGAUAUGCUGAAUCUAAACAUGUGUUUAGAUUUUUGAUUAUGGGCCCAGUUUUCAAGUUUGUCCAAGUUGGGGUCCAAAAUUAAACUUUGUUUGAUUUUAACAAAAAUUGAAUAUAUGGGGUUCUUUGAUAUGCUGAAUCUAACCAUGUAUUUUGAUUUUGGACAUUGGACCAUUAUAGGUAAAUUAAAAAAAUUCAAGUUCUUAGACCACAUUCUUUCUGUGUCAGAAACCUAUGCUGUGUCAAAUAUUUAAUAACAAUCCAAAUUCAGAGCUGUAUCAAGCUUGAAUGUUGUGUCCAUACUUGCCCCAACUGUUCAGGGUUCGACCUCUGCGGUCGUAUCAAGCUGCGCCCCAGCGAAGCAUUUUAUUUUUUUUAUCAUUUGUUGACAAUAAAUAGCCUGUCUGUCUACGUUCCAAAUAUGUUCCGAGUGUACUUCAAUGGACAACUCUUUGAAGUUUAUCUCUUCUAGAAUCUCGCACUGUAGACACAUGUGUUUGUGCAAAUUCUCUUCUGUUUGUAAUUGUUGUUUAACGCAUACAGAUGUUUUUUAUCAUCGUAAAGACUCAAGUAUACCUGAACUGUAGUAGACAAGUGUAGACACAACCAAAACUAAUUAAAAUGAUCUUUAUUAAAUAAGGAGAUGCAUGGUAUGUUGUUUGCUCUCUCAGUUCUAGAACUUGAUGUUAACUACAGAUUAUAACAUUGUAACUGAGUCCAGACAAGCAACAUGACUUCUGUAUUGUAAUUUACUGUAAAUAUUUGAUUUCAUGUUGUUCAAUAUUAUUUGUUGGUAGUAUCAUAAUAAAGAUGAUGUUAUACAAAGUCAUACUUUAUAAUUACAGUUUGUUAUAAUUUGUUAUAUUUUGUAUUCAAAUUUCUUUUUGUUGUCACUUUUGUAAAAUCAAUGUUUUAAUAAAAGUUAAUGAAAACAACCA